CUGGCGCAUGCCCCUCCGAGUGCUCCUGGGACCGAGGGCGGAUGUGGCGGUCUCCAUGGAGAUGCAAGAUGGCGCCCAGGAGCCGGCAGCGCUCCUCGGCGCCACUGCAGAUCCUGCUGUUCCUCAACGGCUGGUACUGCGCCACUUACUUUCUCCUGGAGGCCUUCGUCUUCGUCUACAAGGUGCUGCUGCUGCCCUACCCCUCCACCAACUUGGCGCUGGAUGUGGUCAUGCUCUUCCUCUACCUGGGCAUUGAGGCCACUCGCAUCUUCUUUGGGUCAAAGGGCAACCUGUGCCAGCGGAAAGUGCUGCUCUCCAUCAGCUUGGCCCUGACCUUCCCGGCAGCCAUGAUGGCAGCCUACUACCUGCUGCUUCAGACCUAUGCCCUGCGCCUGGAAGCCAUCCUCAACACCAUCCUCCUGGUCUUCUACGCUGCAGAGCUACUGCUGGGCAUCCUCACACUGGCCUCCUUCUCAAGAUUCGUAUUGAGGCAUGGCACCACAUGGAACAGCACAAGGGACAGCAGGGAGUCUGUGGCCACGCUGGCAGCUCCAUUCCCUGGCUCACACCCUGCUUCAGGCUGGUGGGACAGAGCUGUGCCACUGGGCUGACCCUGCUCUGGCACACUUAUGGUGCUGGGCUGAGCCCAUGUUGGUGCUGGCAGGCACCUGGGCUGGUGCACAGCUGCUGGGCAGGGCAGCCUCCACCCUGCGUGUUCCUCUCCAUUCUGCCUGAAGCAUGUGCAAGUAACUCACCAUGCAGCACUCACUCUGCUGCUACCUGGUACUCUGGCCCCAUGCCAUGGGACCUUGACCCCAGAGCUUGUGACACACAGGUCAGUUUGAGAUAUGAGAUUUUUUUUUUUCUACUGCAUCCUCAGAAUAAUUUACUAUUUUCCAAUAAAUAUUUAUUUUUA